AUGCGCCUUGCCUCCGCCUCCUCUGCAAUCUCCACAGUGACGGGAGGCGGUUCCCAUGGCAGCCAGCCUCCAGCUUUUGUCCUGCCGCCUCGAAACGCUCGGGUCGCUCUGGGAGGAGACGCCCGACUGGAGGGCAAGGUCCACGGUCGCCCUGAGCCACAGGUCACAUGGUACAAAGACGGGAGGCCUGUUGUUGGUGGAGAGCGGUGCGUCACCAAACAGAAUGGGCGGGGCAUGUUUAGCUUGAUGGUGGGCGGAGUCACAGCUGAGGACCUGGGCUGUUACACAUGCCAGGCCUCCAAUCAGGCGGGGAGUCGGCAGGUUACCGUGGAGAUCCUGUUGGAUGAGAUCUCCAAUAAGAAGUAUGGCCUACCUUCAUCUUUUAAAACUGGGUGUCGCUCGGCGGUCCAGACGGUCCAGAGCAGAGCUAGUAUUUGGGGAGAGAGUCCGCCCCGUUUCAUCACCAAACCGAGCCGGGUCUCUGCCAAACCAGGACAGACCGCCAAGUUCUCUGCCAAGACCACGGGACGACCGCAGCCGCAGCUCUCCUGGCAGCGGGUGAGAGACUUACUUGAGUGUUUAAACAUAGACUUCACCUGA